AUGUUUCGUCCCGACCAAAAUACAGGCGAUGAAAGUAUACCAUUUGCAACUGGAGCUACGCAGAAUGUUAAGAAUAGAUUACGGAUGGGAGCCAAGAGGGGAGGUACUCUCCGCAACCCUAGAUCAAGGGGAAGAAUUGGUAGAGGAAGUAGAAACACAGCUAGGGAUAGAUUUUCUGGUGCGAUACCUGAUGAUGCCGUUGAAAUGACUGAUGUAUCAGGAGGUAGCAAAAAUAUCUUCUCAAGGCUUGGUAACAAUAAAAAAAACAGUCAGCAAAUAUCAAAUAAGAAAGCUGCUUCAUUUAAAAUUCCUACUGAGGCUUAUAAUAAGCCAAAACAAUCAAACUUUGUUACAAUGACUCAAGCUCCUACCACUGAUUUCAGUUCUAGUAACGACGUAUUCCCAACAUUGAAUAAAGAACCAUCUCAAGCUUUCAUGCAAGAUACAGAUCCAGCGAUACCUGUUCAAUUCGGCAAUACAGCAACAAGUGGCGUUGGUAAUAGUGUGUUCUCUCGACUUGGCAAUAAUCAAAUUACGAAUUCCAGUCAAGUUGUGGACCAAGGAUUUUCAAGUAAUAAUUUCAAAAAAGAUAGUACUAUACAAGGAAAAGAUGAACACUAUGAACAAUCACAGAGAGUAAGUUCAAGAGGUAACCGAGGUGCUGAAAGGGGUAGAAUAAGGGGUGAUAGAGGACGUGGUGGUAGAAGUAGAGGUAGAGGUAGAGGCAGAGUAAAAGUUGGUCCAGUGGUCACGGCUUUGUUUAGUGGGAGAGGAAGAGGUCAGUAUCCAUCAAAUACUGCGAGAGGUUCACCACUUCAACGUAGAAAUAUCAGUAGGCAGAGAGGAACUGGUCGCGGCACUCCUUCCAACAUUAAUGAAGAAUAUUUAGGAUAUGAACAAGGCAAUUCAAACGAAAGUGAUCUCGUGUCUACCAACGAAAGCUUGGAUACAGAUGUAACUCCUAACUCAACAGCAGGUCGAAAACAGUUUCGGAAACCGUUUCGAAAUACGGGUCAGUUAUCACUUACCUGGGCUAAGCGGGGAAUUGGUCGUAUUGGAGCCUUGCCUUCUCCAACUGCGAGAGUACCUCAAACUCUUGCACAGAAACAAAGACUAAGUUCUGGACAAAAAGUUAAUCCACAUAAAGGAUCUUAUAAAGUGGAUCAUAGAUUUGAAUAUGAUGCCAAUUUGCAGGAAAAAAGUGCUACAAUGGGCGCUAAUUUCAGUACGAUUGAUAACAAUAAUUUAAAAGUAAUGCAAACAGAUGGAAGAAAUUUUAAGGACCUUGCAAGUGCUAAUAAUUCUUCGCUAUCAGAAACUGGUAAUUUUAGUGGAUUUCCAGACUUCAAUCGUGCUACCUCGCAAGAUUUUAAAAAAAGCCAAGACAAUGUAGUGAAUGCUUUUACUGAUAUCGUCGAUAAAAGAAUGCGGGCAAGUAAGCAAAAUGAUACUCCACUGGUGAUGGCACAACCCCCCAACUUAACAAGAGUAACUAAAGCUACAGCGGAAGGAAAACUUACCGCUGCAGCCUUGCCGUUUAAGGAUAAAAUUGCUAAUGAUAUCGGCGAAUGCUACGAUAUUCUAUUAGAAAUUGACACUAACCUAAGAAAAGAGCGUCCUCCAGAAUCUGUAUCAGAGCAGGAAAAGAAAGCCUUUGGUACGUGUCGUGAGAUGUGUCCGGAAAUUGAAUAUUAUAGGCGUGCAAAACAAGACCGGUUCAGUAUAUAUGAGAGCGAGCCAGGUCGCAAGCACUUUGUACGUGCUAUAGCCGUAAAAGAAUACAGCGGCUCGGCUGCUGAUAAGGAUGAGCCCAUGCCGUAUGAACUCCGCCCUGUGAAAACUCUCUCGUUGACAAUGGAUUAUAUUAUCGUGAAAGUGAUUAAUGGAGAUCGGAGAGAUGUUGGUGAAUGGUUCGAUUUCGUUUGGAAUAGAACUCGAGCUAUAAGAAAAGUAUAUAGCACCGGAAUGGCAUCAUUAACUUUAGAUCGUUGUAGAUUAACAAGGACAUUACCAUACAACGCCUUUGUGAUUUAUCGAGUGCGGAUUUGGUUGAAAAAUGUGCAAGGUAUGCUAUUCUAUCAGGGUCUCAAGCCAGAGGGUGAAGCUGAAUUUAGGUGCUAUGACAUUUUAAUUCAUGUAAAUGAAGGAGAUAUGUUAAGGCAAGCUCAAGAAUAUCUUCCUGAAGUGUUCAACUCUGACCCUGUCCAAUUUGCAAUUUCGGUUGCACAGGCUGUUGCUAGUAAUAAUUACAUUAAGUUUUUCAAAUUAAUAAAGUCGGCUCCAUAUUUAUGUGCAUGUCUAAUGCACCAGCAUUUCACUCAGAUGCGAAUAAAGGGUUUACAAUGUAUGAUUCGGUCAUAUUCUAUGGGAAAAAAAGCUGUUGCCUAUCCAAUGAAAAAGUUUAUUAGGCAACUUUUUUUUGAAAACGAUGAAGAGGCGUUUAAUUUCUGCCACGAACAUGGACUGACUGUGAAUGAUAAUGAUACUGAAUUAGUGAUACAACUGGACAGAAAUUCAUUCACUGCUUGCGAUAAGAGAAUUAUUCCUCAUAGGUCAUCUGCUAUUGAAGAGAAAAGGAGAAAUUUAACUAUUGGAGAAAUUGUGUAUGGAAGCAGCUUACCGGAUGUUUCUGUACAAGUUCCAUCAUCAAGUUUUGAUGAAUCUUUAAGGUUUAUUGGUUCUUAUUGGAAUAUGGAAGAGACUAAAAUAAUAUCACCGGUUCGCGAGAGCAACCGAGCGAUACCUAGGGUAUCGCCAGUUAGAGAAGCCGUACCAACUCAUGUUCCUCAAAUAUCGAACUUUAUACCGGAAAUUGUACCGAAGAAAGUUAAAGCACCUGCAUUUACAAACACAGAGAUCGAAAUAGUUGCGAAAAUGAUUAUAGAAACAACAGUACGCGGUAUGGUGAUGGAAACCUGUCGGUCGACAUUAAAUGAUGUGAGGAAGCAGCGUGAACUGGCCUUGACCGAAGAAAAACUGAACAGGCAAAGAAUAGUACAGCAAGAGAGACGAAAGAAAGAGAUAAUAGAUGUUUGUGCUUCUACAACCUGCAAUAAUUUAAUUGACGAAGUUGUUAAUGAUGCAGUACAACAGUCAUUGAUACACCUAAAGACAGCUAUGAUUAAUAAUACCAGAAAAGAAAAACUGACUCAGUUAAUAAACAAGAUUUCGUUGGAUGUACACAAGACUAUUAUGGAUGAUUGUAUUUCUACGGUUGCUGCAAAAUAUGUUGAUGAAGAAAUGAAAAAGGAGAAACAGCGUAUAAUGAAACUAAACGGCUUUUUACGUACUAAAAACAUAGCUUUAUUGCGUAAUUUUUUUCUGAGAUGGAAAUCAGUGAAAGCUGAGUUCGAUAAAUUGCGAACUGCUUUGGGCGAAUUCCCAAGUCAUCCGCUUUUUUAUGACCCCUCAGGAGAGAAUCAUGGAAGUACAACAGAUCCAAAGAAUGAAGAACGAGAGUGCCAUAAAUUGGACGUUAGUUUAGUAAUAGAAGAUUUUGAUAUAGCUGGGAAUUUAAAAGGUGCAACACUUGGCGUAUGUGAAAUGAUUGCAACACGUCUGGCCAAUAAACUGAAAAAUGCACCAGUUGUUGAUACGAUAUGGUGGAAAUUAGUCAUUGUGAUAUCGGCAAAGGAUUUAUGCAAUGUCAAUAUAUACAAAAGUCUUUUAUCUGUAUAUGGAAUAAAGGAAAACUUUCGAGAAAGCGAAAAUUUUACAAUAAAAACGUGCUUGAUAAGUCAUGUUCAUCGUGUCAUAAAUGCAAAUCUUUGCUAUAGGAUUGUUUUCGAAGAUGACAUUACUGAUUCUACUUUGAUUGGAACGAAUGGGAUUUUAUUUUUAUUAAACGAGACUGACAACGUGUCACUGCAGAGCCAUUGGAUGAAGCAGAGAAAGCGAUUAGAAAAGUUAUUUAAGAGUCUAAGCAACAAUUAUCAAAUACCGAUGGCUAUUUGCCUAAUGGAUUUUUUAAAAGAAAUAAGUAUAUCAGAUUUAAAAUCGUAUAUAAAUACUCUAACAGCAUCAUGUGGUGCAAAUGUUUUAGUAUGCGACUCGGUAUUUCGAUUAAAUCAAGAUAGUAUUGAUUUAAAUCAAAUAUAUAAUAUGAACAGCUGGCUUGCUGAUAAUAGUUGCUUCGUGCCACGCCUUAACCGUCAAAACAUUAUGGAUGCAAUUUGUGAAGGUUUUCAAAUUCAUUUUGAAACACCGGCAUUGCAGAAUUACUAUGAAAGAGAAAGAUUGAAUUCAUCUCAAUUGGAACCGGAGAUACUCAUAGCCUUAUACAAUGCCGUUGUUCAAUAUAUUGCUUAUACAAUUGGAAACGAAAAGUUAAACGAAUUAUCUUAUCCUGCUUCAGAAUUCAUUAAUAGUGUUCACUAUAGAAAUGGUAAUUGGGAGAACGAAUCAAUAAGGUAUCUGGAAUAUUUUAAGCUUUUGGAUAAAAAUCUUGGCUUUACGCAAAGAAUUGAAAACCUCUUAAAUCGAGCAGGCAUAUGUCAUAGCCAUGAUCCUCGGUUUGUGCCUUGGACGCUUGGCUUAGAUGAAUACCUGCAACUUCGCCUUGGAAGUUUAUAUUCAAGUGCUGCAGAUGAUAUCGGAAUUUAUGACCUGCCACCGCUUAAUACCGUAGAAGUAUAUUAUUUAAUAGACGAGGCUGAUUCAUUUGUCGCGCCAACUGAAUGGAUAGAAGUUAACAACGUAUAUAAUUCAUUAGCCCUUGAGCCAAGUUUUAAUGCAGAUUCCGAAACGACUGAGAUCAAUUAUUUAGAUCUUGAAGGUACUACAAAUAGAAGCGAAUUAAAUCAUUUCGCGACAAAGGACCGAAAUGAUACUGAUUUGUGGAAAUCGCUCAGCUAUCUAGACUCCGUGUUAAAAAAUGAAGAGAAGGAAACUAACCGGCUUGGGUACCUACUGGAGCAGCAAUUUGCUGAUCAUUCGUCAGAAGACCAAUCAAAAAACUUGCAAGUUAUUGUAAAAGAACAGUUAAAUCCGGAGAUAAGAUUAUCAAAUGAAAUUGAAAAUUUCUUAGAUACGACAACGAAAUUACAAUCGCUCUAUAACACAGAUUUGAGAGCAACUAAAGAACUACUUGGAGCAGAAAGCUCAUGCUAA